UUCUCCUUCGCUAUGUAUAUAAAUCAGCAAUACCAGUCACAAUACAUGUAAUCAGUUGUAAAGUUUUGAGUACUGUUGCUGGGGAAAUGUAAAUUAAUCAUAGGUUAUAAGAAAUAACAUGAAACGUAUAGCAGUUAUUGGUGCGGGCGCUAGUGGCCUAACUGCUAUAAAAUGUUGCCUUGACGAGCAACUUGAACCUGUGUGUUUUGAGAGGACAAAUUAUAUCAGCGGAUUAUGGCACUACACAGAAGAGGUGGAGGAGGGUCAGGCAUGUGUUAUGAAAUCUACGGUGAUCAACACAUCGAAGGAGAUGAUGUGCUACAGUGAUUUUCCUAUACCAGACGAAUAUCCCGUCUUUAUGCACAACAAAUGUGUCGAUCGGUAUUUUCAUAUGUAUGCGGAUAAGUUUGGACUCCGAAAACAUAUAAACUUCAAUACAGAGGUUUUGUCUGUGAAACCGACAGAAAAUUUCAAGACAGAUGGUAAGUGGGAAAUUAAAACAAAGAACUCCGAGAACAAGGAACAAAAACAUAUAUUUGAUGGUGUUCUUAUCUGUACCGGACAUCAUGCAGAAAAGAAUAUACCUAAAUUCCCCGGGUUAGAUACGUUCAAAGGCAAGGUGACUCACACACACGAUUACAAGGAUUACCAUGGUUACGAGGACAAAAGAGUGUUGAUCAUUGGUAUUGGAAACUCUGGUGGGGAUGUUGCUACAGAGCUUAGUCGUAUAUCUUCUCAGGUAUAUUUGAGCACACGAUCGGGAUCAUGGAUAUUCAACCGUGUCGGCGACAAAGGGGUUCCUGGGGACAUGUUUGCCACCCGUUUCAGUGUCAAUAUUUUGAAGAAAUUUCCUCGAUUAUUACUGACGCUGGCGGAAAAGAAAUUAAACCACAGAUUUGAUCAUGAAAAAUAUUGCCUGAAGCCGAAACACGGUCUUUUUGCUGCUCAUCCCACAGUAAAUGACGAGCUUCCAAACAGAAUCAUUUCAGGGGGUGUUAUUGUGAAAGCCAAUGUAGCUGAGUUUACUGAAACCGGAGCGAUCUUUGAAGAUGGUACUGAAAUUGAUAAUUUGGACGCUGUAGUACUUGCUACUGGAUACAUAUUUGGUUUUCCGUUUCUCGACAAGGAAGUUUUAGAGGUGAAAGAGAAUAAAGUAAAUCUGUAUAAAUAUAUGUUUCCACCUGAUCUGUGUAAGACUACUCUGGCGAUUAUUGGGUGUUUCCAACCGAUUGGAGCAAUAAUGCCAAUAUGUGAAAUGCAAUGCCGAUUAGCCACUAGAGUAUUUAAGGGUUUAAAGAAUUUGCCCGAUAGUAAUGGUAUGUGGAAUGACAUCAAAGAUAAACAGACAGCCAUGGCGUUGAGAUACAAGAAAUCAAUGAGACAUACUAUACAAGUUGAUUACGUCCCAUUUAUGGAUGAACUAGCAGAAAUGAUCGGCUGUAAACCAGACCUAAGUAAACUCAUUUGGACUGAUCCCAAACUUGCGAUCGAAGUUUACUUUGGACCUUGUACACCUUACCAGUACCGAUUAAUGGGACCGGGACCCUGGAAUGGUGCUCGAUAUGCCAUCAUGACACAGUGGGAACGAGUGUAUAAGCCGCUGCAGACCAGACCUUGUGUUGUAAAAGAGAGCAAGGGCUUUGGAGCAAUAUAUAUGUUGUUAGUUGUUGCCUUAGCUGUACUGAUUUACCUUAUUUUGUAGCCUUGCAUCAUUCAACAAAUUUUAGUUUAAACAUAUUAUAUUUCAUUUUACACAGAAACAUGAGUGCGACUGAUCUUGUUGAAUGUCUAUCUUUUUGCCAUUUGAAACGCACUCUUCCCAUUUCGGUACUUCAGUAUUUUUUAGACUUCUGUAUUAUACUGAUUGCUUAUUACAAAUUGUGUCUGUUAUAACGUUAAUAAGCCUUUUUUAAAGUUGUCGCUUUUUCAACAAUUUUUUCUGACAUAACUUUGGGAUAGUUUUAAGAAUUUUAGGGAAAAGGGCCCCUGGUCAAAAUGUGACUUUUUUGAAGCGGUAAUCCGACAAAUUCGGUACACUUGAAUCGUAACCACUUAAUUAUAACAGUUUAGUAGUCUACUUUAUUUUUCAAGUUUAACUGGUAAAAAUAAAAUGAAUAUAGGAAUAACUCAUGUAUUUUUUCGUGUUAAAACAUCUACAGAAUGAUGUUAUAGCUUUAAAUGAAUAUGCGCCAACGCUAUCCUAACAUAAAACGUGAUAACAAUCUAAGAAAUGAAAACAUUGUGCAUCAACGUCAUUGAAUUUCCGGGAAAUGCGCGGGAAUAUCAGCGUUGUUUUAUCACUUUGACGACAUUUCCCUUUCAUAAGCAACAAAACUUACUUUGCUAGUAUAUUUUGGAUAAUAAAAAAUUUCAAAUGGGA